AUGUCGAUUCGAACAAACAAGAUGAAAGCAAUACCUGUGUUGUUGAAGCAGUUGAUGAUAGCAAGGAGGAAAUUCCAUGAAAGGGGAAGAGAUGAAUCAUUUGAUAGGAAGUUGGAGAAGUUGAGGUCGGAUCUGAAGAAGAUAGAGGAUGUGUUUGUGAGAGUGAAGAAGAAGGAAGAAGUGCUUCUUGACACAUUAGCAGAGGUGUAUGACCAUCUUCGUAAGUUAGACCGCGGGAAGCUGGAUGAAGACAUGGAUGGCAUUUGCCAGAGAAUCAGAGAUUCUGCUCACAAUUUGCUCCCAAUUCUUGCUUUUGAUGACUCAUCUAAGGACGAGGAUCACAUUGGUGGCCAAAUAUUUCACCCAUCAGAAGAGUUAUGGCAGGCCCACGAGAGGAUUCGCAAUCUGGAAAAUCUUUAUUACUCGCCAGACAAUCCAUCAACACUUUGCCUGAGUUCUCUCUUCAUUUUCCCUGAGAACGCUGUGAUAAGGAAAAGAAAUGCAAUUAAUUUGUGGAUUGGAGAGGGUUUGAUUGGAAAUACAGAGAACAAAAGAGCAGAGGAAGAGGGCGAGGAUGUGAUUGAUGAUCUUUUGAAAUGUGGUGUGAUUGUACGCUGUGGCAAUGGAAAGGAUCCCUCUGUCAAUAGAUUUCAAAUUUUUAUUAACGUCCGUCAUCAAAUGGAGUUAUAUUUAUCAAAGGAAAAUGGAAAGCAUCAAGGACAAUAUUUUAUACCAACCACUUAUCCGCAAAUUAGAGUAGAGAGGUUAGAGCUUGAACGAAAAAAAGCUACACUAGGUGGAGAUGACUGGUAUUUUGGGGACCGUACUAUAGGUACUAUUUUUAAUAUUGGUGCAAGUUAUCUCAAUUUUAGACCUAAAUGGGUAACUGAAUUGAAGAAUUUACUGGUGCUUCAACUGGGGCGUUGGCAAGAUUCAGCUUUGCAUCACAUUGAAGUUGGGAGUCAAGAAUUCUUGAAAGAGUUGAGAAAUCUAAAGCAGUUGAGAUAUCUUAGUCUCCGUGGGAUAUCAAGAAUAUUCGAGCUUCCAUCCUCCAUCGUUGAACUUGAGAGCCUACUAGUUCUUGAUCUGAAAGCUUGCCAUAAUUUGGAAACACUACCUGAUGAUAUUUCAACAAUGAAAAGUCUGACACAUCUAAUUUUGUCCGAGUGUUGCUUUGUGGAGGGCAUGCCAAAGGGGAUUGAGAAGCUCACUAAUCUGCAAGUACUCAAGGGAUUUUUAAUAAGCCGUCCUGGAAAGACUCCUUGCAGAAUAUCAGAGCUUGUAAAAUUGAGAAAACUAAGGGGACUCAGCAUACAUAUUGGAAGUGAGGCCGUGAUCAGGAAUGGGGAGUUUGAACGUUUGGAAGAUUUUUUCAAACUUGAGCAGCUGAAGAUAUCUUGGAAUGUGUCUGACCCAAAGUAUGCUAACAUUAAUAUCAUUGUGCCACCACAUUUAAAAAAGUUACAUCUUGAAUGUUUUCCUGGAAAGAGUUUUGUAGAAUGUUUUAUGCCAAGCAAAUGGGAACGUGCUGGGUUGGAGUCGACAUUAGAGCUAAAUAUAACAGGAGGAAAAUUGGAAAGUAUAAAAACACAUUUAACAUUGAGGACCUUGAAAAUACUGCGUCUCAAGUACCUUAAGCAAUUGAAUGUCGACAUAGACGAUUUGAAAGCAUUGUUUCCGCGGCUGAAAUAUGUUGAAAUUAAACAAAUCUCAAACCAUUCAUACAUUGAGCAUGAAUGGGGCAUCAUCUAA